GCUUGCUCCGUGUCCUCCCAUUCGCUCCUCUUUCUUUGCUUGCAGUUCUCCCUCACCCACCUCACUUCAACCCAGCUGGGCAGAACCAGGAGAGAAAGUGUUUGCUACACACACAGGGCCUCUAUGAUUAAGCACCGGGCUCAGAAACCUCCCCCUGGGCAGCACAGGCACUGCGAGAGAUGUUUCAACCGGCACUGCCGCGCACCAAUUGAGCCCUCCGUCUCCUGCAUGGUGAUCAGCUGCCGCUUGCACUGCGGGGCCACCUUCCACAUGUGCAAGGAGGAGGAGCACCAAUUGCUCUGUCCCUUAGAGCAGGUCUCCUGCCUCAACUCAGCCUACGGCUGCCCUUUUUCCAUGGCCCGCUUUAAGCUGGCGAAGCACCUCCAGGUCUGUCCAGCCAGCGUCGUCUGCUGCUCGAUGGAGUGGAACCGCUGGCCAAACGUGGAUUCAGACACAACUCUCCACAAGAACAUUAUGAAGGAGACCUUGAAUGAAGAGUGCUUGGACACAGCCUUGGCGCUAAGAGACCAGAAGAUACUUUUCAGGACUUUGAAAAUAGCCGACUUGUUUCCAGAGUGGAGGAAAAAGGAUGAAGUGGAAAAGCUAAUGGACGAAGCCGUGGGUGGGGAAGAAGGUGCUGUGGGAGGAGUAGCCUGUGAUUCCCAAGAGGGUGACGACCAGUUGUCCGAGCUCAGCCAAUGUGAGCGUGAACAUUUGGCAAAGGACAAAGAGGGAAUGGAUCUGGGGAGUUACAAAACCUGGGAGAACAUUUUCAGCAAAGAGCUACAGGCUUGCAAGGUAACGGGCUCAGCAGCCAGCGCAGGACAAAAGACAGAGGAGGCUUCCAAGAAAACAGCGUCAGUGCCUCAUGCUGCUAGCUCCACAGAGAAGGCAAAGGAAGUACCUGAGGGUGCAGAAGAGGCAAAAGACCAAAAGCCUGAACAAGUAACAUCAAACACAGAAAUGACAGGACUGGCUCCCUGGCAAGAAGGUGUUCUGGAGAGGCUGAAGAAGGAAGUUGGUGUAGGUGAUUACAACAUGUAUCUGGUACAUCAUGGGGGAAUGCUCAUCCGCUUUGGCCAGCUAGCUGCUUGCACGCCCAAGGAAAAAGACUUUGUCUAUGGGAACUUGGAAGCUCAGGAGGUGAAGACUGUUUACACCUUCAAAGUGCCAGUUAGUUACUGUGGAAAAAGAGCACGACUAGGAGAUGCACUGGGCCACAAGAUGCCAUCUUCAGACAAGUCAGUAGAUACCUCAGAAUUGGGAAUAAACAUAGAAGAACUACCUAAAGCAAAUAUAGUUACAGCCACAUUGCUGUGUGCACUGGAAAAAGAGCUGAAAGGUCACGAGAUCUCUGAAGCAAGGGGUAUCGAUGGACUUUUUGUGGAUUUUGCAACACAGACAUACAGCUUUCCUCUGGAGCCCUUCUCCUCCAACGCUGUUCUAGCAGAUAUUCUGGAUGAAAAAAGCCCACCAGAACUCCACGUGGAGCUCUACACUGAAUGCGUAACCAGAAGACACAACAAAAGCAGUUCAGCUUUCACGUUCACUUGCAGGCAUUUCUUCAGGAGAGAUGAAUUCCCAUCCCACUUCAAGAAUGUGCACGCUGAUAUCCAGUCAUGCCUGGAUGGAUGGUUCCAGCAUCGCUGCCCGCUGGCCUACUUAGGAUGUACUUUUGUUCAAAAUCACUUCCGCCCUGAUGGACUUAAGGCCAAGGUUAUAUACAGCAAGCCUCUCAAGACAUUUGCUAUUAAGCCAGAGGUGGACGCUGUCCUUGCUGAGUCAGGGAAGUGCAGUUCCACAGUGGCUAACCAAGGGGGAAAUAAGGACUUGCUGAGCAGCCUCCCAGUGGAAGUGCUCAAGUACAUUGCAGGGUUCCUGGACAGCUUCAGUUUAUCUCAGCUAUCGCAAGUGUCAGUGCUGAUGAGGGACAUCUGUGCCACUCUUCUUCAAGAGAGGGGAAUGGUCCUGCUGGUCUGGGAGAAAAAAAGAUAUUCCCAUGGCGGUACCUCGUGGAAAGCUCGCAAAAAGAUCUGGCAGUUCAGCAGCCUGUUCUCCAGAGUUAACAAAUGGCAACGCAAUGACAUCGGAGCCUGCAUGUCAGAGCACCUGAAGAAUUGUCCCUUCUACCAAGUGGAGCACAAGACGGACCCCGUGCUGCUGACAGGCAUGUGCGAAUCUCGAGAGCAGGCUCGGAAGACUUUGGUUUCUACUUUCAAGCGCAGAGUCUGAACAACCUGCUUCCCUUCCGCCACGCUCCUUUCAGAGCCCUCGAAAAGAAGAUUCGGGAAUUGGGGUGUGGAGAUUGUUGCUUCCAACUCUCCUUUGGACGUACAAAACUGGCUUCUCCCCAGCCGCGUUUGGAACAUCCUGUAUCUUUUUUUUUUUUUUUAAUUUCCUGCAUUAAUUUAAUUGUUAAAACUUCAUCCACUGCUCACUGAUACCGUGUGCUUUCAGUUUAUGUUUCUGUUCCUUGUUUAAUACAGCCUCCUGGAGAAAGCAAUAAGGAUCUUGUUUGAAACAACAUCUUCGUAACCUCGAAGGUAGGCUGCUGCUCCUGUACCAUGUCCCUGAGAGAAGCAAAAGCAGUUAAUGUACGUAGCACGACUAGGUCUGAAACACCUUAGUUUUGGCUGGAGAGACAAGUUCUGGGAGCACAGGCAGAUGCCCUCCUGCCCAGCAAAUCUAGGGACUGCUAAUCUCUUCUGAGAUGUGAGCAAAAGAAAAGGAGCCCCCAAAGUCAAGCGCAUAGAUUAAGACUCAGAAAUGUACCAUACAGCCACAGACCAUCAUUCAGGGCCCUGAUUCAGGCAAGCGUGCCCAGUUCGCACAGAGUUUGAGCACAAGCCUAAAGCUGAGCUCAUGGGAACACUCAAACCCAAGCAAAGCAAACAAACUUGCUCUUUGUUAGGAACAACCAAGUAGCAAACCAUUUUAGGGGCUCGAUUGACUUUUUAUAUUUUUCAGUUAAUAACUUUCUGUUUUUAUUUAAAAAUCCAUUAAAGCCACCAAAAAUAUUUGGAGACAUUCUUAGAAUGCCUUACCUAACUCAGUUUUGCAAUUAUAAGUUGCUAAUUGUAGUUGUAAGCAAUUGUAAAUGAUUUGUCAAAGAAACAUUGUAUUUUUUUCUGUAAAAGAAAAGGCAUUCAGCAAGCCGUUCAGUAACCAUAUGGAUAAUGUUUGCUUCAGUUAAAUGGGCUGGAGUAUAAAGACUUUUUUCUAUUUUUACAGAGCAGGAGGAUUUGGUUUGUUUGUUAAUAAAUACGCUAAUUUAAAAACAGAAUGUACUUGUUGAGGCAACAGAUGAGAGAAAGCAGGCAUGUUACCAACAGCGUCUGUCUUAUUACGCUAUUUAAACCCAUUUCAGAGGCAUUCGUUAGAAAUGCCAUAGUUGCGGCGGUGGGUGGGAUUCCUCCAAAAUGUCUGUAAACCGAUUCGACAGCUUAUGGCCACUGCACAGCCACAGCAGUGCCAACUCACGCCCCUUUCUUUUUUAAGCUUGUAGUCAGAAGUGCGAGCUCAGGACAUGAGAUCUGGCUCUUAUCUCACCGUCUUGGGCAGGAGGACCUCGCCGGGAGCUGGGACAUCUGCUGGCUCGGACCACUGCUCUCAUCGCCUGGGCUGGACAGGUGAAAACGGGCCCAGGGCAACGGACACACGCCGCACUUGCCAUCUCUGACCUCCAAGUAGAUCUAGGAUAAGGCAAGAAGGAGCCCUCUCCUACCGAUAGAGGUUGCUGAUGAACCUGAGCUAAGCACUUGGUAGCUGAAGGCGUGAAUUGUGUGGUGACCGAAGGUGUGCUGGGUGCAUGCAGCUCGUCCAUGUCCACACUUGCAGCUUAAGUGGUCCCUGUGAGAUUUUUAACCAUAUGGGGAUGUUUUCCUUCUCCAGACACAUGCCCUCAGGAGGAUAUUAUCUACUUGUGGGGACAGUGAAUUGGUCCCAGGAGCAGGAGUAGCAGCAGUUACGUUUUUAAUUUUUUUUUUAGUGGUAUUCUGUUUCCUGUCGCUAGAGAUCUUUUUUGUGGGAAGUCUCAUAAAGCUUUGGACGUGAGAAUAAAAUUGUCUGCACAGGUAUCCUGUGGAAAACACAACAAUUACCAUCCCAGUUUUAUGCAGAGGACUCUGAAGGAAAUGAACACAGGGCACCUGAGCUGGGCCAGCAGCAGUUGAAGCUGGGUGCUCUGACCCUUCAUCCUGUGGCUUAACUGUUUCAUAAAACCAAACUGGCUGUCCUUUAAAGUGGCUUACAAAAAUUCACCUGUCCUCAAAACAUCCCCUAUGAAAGAGGUUCCCAAAUAUUGUCACUCUGUUUUACGCGGGGAAGUUGAAAAAGGUGAGAAUAUGCAGCCAGACUUUCUAGACUGGCCUCUACAUCAGGGCCUCGUCCUUCACAUAUCGUGUACCUGAUUUUGAAAGAUGCUGAGCUGCAGCGUGAUGCGUAGCUGCAGGCCACAGCAGCUGCAAAUGCACGUCCAAAAAUCGCGUCCCAGUAUCUAUGCUGGGUACUUAAAAAUGGAGACACCCAAAAUUAUGGGUAAUUUGGGGAGGAAAAAAAGAAAAAAAGAAAAAAGAGGCUUAAAUGACAGGCUCUCAGGGUAAGUCAGUAUUGAAGGCUGGUGUAAGAGACUGUGGAACAGUUAGUUCAGCCUGUGAAGCAUCUCUCACCUGAUCAGCCGCUUAAUUGCUGUAAACUGGUAUAGCUGCCCUGAAACUGAGGUUCAUGUCUGGUACGAAUUGGGCUCGUUUUACCUUUAGUGCCGGUGUGACUGGGUUAGAGAUGUCGCAACCUCUACCUCUUGGGAUCCACCAGGGUGGACAUUACAACUUCUAGGAGGCUUCUUAGAUCAUUUUCCUUCUUGUACGCUGGAGAGACACAGGCUGUUAAUGCACAGAGAGACAAAUUCGCCCCCGUGAAUAUAUACUUCUGUAAAAUGUAAAUUUGGUUAAGUAACUUUCAGCAUAUACAGUGGAAGCUGAAAAUCCACAGCCAUCUUCAGGUUAGUUUGGUUAACCCAACCCAGCAAGUGGGAAAGCUGUGCAGGAAGUGGAGAUCACCCUUAUACUGGUGGGUAGCCACCUGGCAAAUUCCAGCUGGUGGCCACUUCUCAUUUUAUCUCCCAUUUAACGCUAGCAGAGAGCUGCAAACUGGUGUCAGACACAGUUUAAUUAAUCAGAGGAUGUAUGCCAAGCUAGGUCAAUGUUGGUGCUCCUGCUCGUUAGCAGAGUCGUCAGAAGCUUUGAAGAGCGGCAGUGAACUGAAUUUGCCUGCUCUGUUCACUUUGGUGAGGACAAAGCCAGCUAAGUUAAAAGACGAGAAGCUUUAAUUUGGGUUGAGCAAGUCCUUAGGCUCCUAGCUUAAGGUCAUAACUUGACCGAUGGAAAGUUAAAACUUCCUAAAUUUCAGCUAGAGGGAUUUGAUUAGAAGAAACUGGGCAUUUGGUGUUUUUCAAAAUAGGUCUUUUGCUGUGGCUGGGUCUGGACUGGAAAAGAGGACCCAAGUCCAGCAAAGCCCUGACGUUGUUCUCAGUACAGAUCUCACACUCCAGACCUUCAUGGCUUUGAUCCCGUUUGUGGUGCCCACGUGUCUUGUGCAGGGCAAGGGCAACACUCCACACACGCCAGGUGGAUGUGCUUUGCGGUGUGUCCACUUGUUGGAACAGGAACAGAAAUGAUGGCAUCGUGGAAAUCAGAGAGGUCAAAGCAGGGCAAAAAGGCUCGGGACAAGACGGGAAACAGGAAGGGGUUUGGAUAGAGGAAACCUGGCUGAUUGUAGGUGUCAUGGGGAGAGGCACGUGGAGAAUGGUAAAAGGGCACAGGAAUGAAGGGACGUGGGACGUGGAAAAGGUGAUGCGGCUGCAAAAGUUUUAGGAGGAAAUGGUUCAGACAUGAGGAGAAUAGGAGAGACAUUUAGGAGAGCAGAGACAUAAGGGGAAUGGAGAGUUCAGUUCAUUUUAUUUGGUUUUGCUGCCCAAAGUAAGAGAUUUGGAUAAGCCUGGUGAACUCAGUGAAAUGCAAACUCUUUUGCAUUGUAAUUUUUACAGUGGACCUCCCUCUGUGGCACAACCUCUGUUUUGGGUCAGAGCAUUCAGCCAGCGGAUUGUUGAAACACGAGCUGAGAGGCCACUGUAAAACCAUGAAGAGUCACCAGUUUUGAUGUUCCUGUAUGUACAUCACUUGCUGCCAACAACAGACUUUCUGGAUAAAUGCUUCUCCUUGAGGAAGGGGAUGGAAAUUCCCAAUCAGUAUUAUACAAUAACAUGAGGCAGAUGAUAACUCUUAAGGUGUGAAAGGGUAGGUCCCCUACUGACAUGUUUUGUAAGUCCAGGUGGGAGGAAGAAAUGACUUACCGGGCCUCCCGGUCCCAAAACUGAGUGAGCACAGAUAAGGUGAAGUUUCUCUGAACAGCGUUUGUUAUUUGGCAAAACUCUGUAACUCCUUGUUGCUUUCUUAAGAAUAAAAAUUAUUAUGGUAAAAAAAAAAC